CUGCGCCUCCCAGCCCGCGGCGUCGCUGUACCGGCCUCUGAGCUCCACAAACACUGCCAGCGCACGGGCGAGGGCGGGAGGCGGGGCGGAGCGGUAGGGGGCGGUGUCGCCGCGGUGUAGGGGCAGCUGCGAGCGGUGGUCGCUGCGCGAUGGCCGCGUCGGUGUUCUGCUGCCUGCGCUGCUGCAGGGACGGCGGGACGGGCCACAUCCCGCUGAAGGAGAUGCCGGCCGUGCAGCUGGACACGCAGCACAUGGGAACAGAUGUUGUCAUUGUAAAAAAUGGAAGAAGAAUAUGUGGAACAGGAGGCUGUUUAGCUAGUGCACCUUUACAUCAAAACAAAAGCUACUUUGAAUUCAAAAUCCAGUCCACAGGAAUCUGGGGUAUUGGUGUUGCAACUCAGAAGGUUAACCUGAAUCAGAUUCCUCUUGGCCGAGACAUGCACAGUCUGGUGAUGAGAAAUGAUGGAGCCCUGUACCACAACAAUGAAGAGAAAAACAGGCUGCCAGCAAACAGCCUUCCACAGGAGGGAGAUGUGGUGGGUAUUACAUAUGACCAUGUAGAAUUGAAUGUGUAUCUGAAUGGGAAAAACAUGCAUUGUCCAGCAUCAGGUAUACGAGGGACAGUGUAUCCAGUUGUGUAUGUUGAUGACAGUGCAAUUUUGGAUUGCCAGUUCAGUGAAUUUUAUCAUACUCCUCCACCAGGUUUUGAAAAAAUAUUAUUUGAACAGCAGAUCUUCUGAAUGUAGUUGUUUUCGAAACGUGUACUUCUGCACUGUUACAAAUGUUUACCAUUUAAUAAAGCUUUAUCUGACUUAUAGAUGAAAAUAUAUUCUUAAAAAAUUUGCUUGUUAAUAUUGUUUAAGGAACCAAGGUAUUCAGUAAACCACCCAGAAAUUGUGAUUUAAAAUAACUUAUGCUUGUGAAAUGAAAAUCAGCAUUUUGGGCAAUUUAUUUAAUUCUUAUUUAAAUAAAUAUAACUAUGGGUUGAUUAACAGUAUUACAUGGUAACAUGUAAAUAAAUAUUUAAAGGGAAUCUUUCUUAUAUAAAAUAAUUGUUUUGAUAGAGAUGUAGAGUUGGAUUUUUUUUUGUCACUCAUAGACAUCAUUAACUAUUUUAGUCUCCAGUUCAAUAAUUUUGUGUUUCCUGUUUUUUUUUUUUUAUAUAUGAUAUAACAAAGCAACAGAAAUAUAUAUUGGCAAUUUCAGUUUUGGUGACCUAUUUACUGUAUUAAUGUACAACUUUUCUUAAAUUGCUUAUUUUUUUGUAUUCUAUCACUGCUUUUGAUUUGCAUUGUGAAAAAAGAUACACUUUAAUAAUCAUCAGAGUAUUUUGAAGACCAUCCUGCUGCGUUACUUCAGUACCAGAGUAAGUGUGGUUGGUUGCUGAUGUAGUGUACUUUGGCAGACAUUUCCAAGAAGUAUGAUUAUUUAAAUUUUAAUGAGAGGAUUCUUUUAAGGACUUUAUUAAAAUAUGUGUUUUCUGUACAAAAUAAUAAAGUAAUAGUAAUUAAGGAAUAUUCAGUACUAUAUUAAAUAUUUUUCCUGUUUAUUAAUUAUACUGUGAAUUCACUUCACCGUCUAUUAUUUUUGAAGUUUGGAGACAAGUGAGUCCUCUCCAUAACCCUGAUCCUUUGGUCAGUUUUCAGUGGAAGUCCUUGUCCUUUAGUUAAUACCCUACUGACCUGGCUAAUCACAUCUCCAGGUACAUUUGAAAGAGAUGCCCACAAUGAAUACCCGUCACUGCUUUUAUCAAGAAGCAGUAUAGUAUGUUGACUAGAGAAGCAUGGGUGUUGGAAUUUGAAAGAGAUGUGAAUUGUAGUUGUGUUUCCUGAUCCCUUAAGUGAGCUCCUCACUGCCUUAGAAUCCCAGGCUCCCCUGCUUAUAAAAGGGAUAAUCAUAUUGGCUUGUUAAGGUUCUAUAACUAAUUGAUAAGGUAUCAUAUAACUAACAUGAUAAGACAUAAAACACCUUAAUUAUCAUAGGCACUGAAUAAAUGCCGUUUCCUGACUAUAGUGAAGCAGUGGUUUUCAAGUGUGCCUCGGGCCAGCAGCAGUAUCCCUGGAAGCUUGUUAGCAUAAUGUAUGCUCUCAGGCCCAAUCGGCAACUGGUGGAGGUGGCACCAGGAAUGUAUAUGAACAAGCACUCAGUAAAUCCAAUACCCGCUAAGGUUUGACAACCACUACACAGAAGAGAAUUCUUUGAGAGGAUCUCCUGCUAGAAAUUUUGUAAGGAUUUAAGACAAACUAUCUUUGCCUCAUAAAGCGAGAGAAUACUAUACAAUGCUAAUUUAUGAUUGGUAGACAAAAAUGUGACUGUGCUUUGAAAACAUAUACUUGAGUAACAUACUUGUAUAAACCCCCAACAUUUUGGGCUGGCAGAGUGGCUCAAGUGGUACAGCGCCUGCCUAGCAAGUGCAAGGGCCUGAGUUCAAAUCCCAAUACCAAAAAUAGAAGAGCAAAAACUCAUUUGACCUCUAAAGAUACAUGGAAUUGAACUAGGUAUAUGUUAUUUAAACAUUGUCAUCUGAUGUUUGUCAUAGUAAUUUUAAUUCAUAAAAAAUGUGCUUAUGUGGGAAAAUGAAUUAAAGUGGCUACUGCUUGCUGUCUUUGUAAUGUCA